AUGAACCUGGAAGUCCCCGAAGAACCUAGAGCUAGCAUCUCCACCGAUACGGCUGCUGCCGCCGAAUUGGAGUUUGGUGAUUGGGCAUCCUUCUCCAUUGAUGAUAUCAACCUUUUGAAUGACAGCAAACUUCAAUUGGAGCAAGCAGACAAUGACGACGAUGGAGACAAGGUGGUGGAAGAACCCGUCGAGCCUUGUUGGCGAGACGAGCAAAAGAGCAAGCUGCAGUCGAUCAUUUCGCGGCAGAGAGACGCCAGAAAGGGAGUGGACUGUCCUUCCAACACCAACACCCCACUCAAUAAGUCCAAGCCAGAAGAACAGUCGGCUAUGAAGACGUCUAUGAAUGACAACAGCAAUAAUAAGACGGAAGAACAGCAACGCCGUCGAGACAAUCGUCGUCGCGGCCGCAUGCAGGACGGCAGUCUGGGAGAUUCGUCGGCAACCAAUACCAGCAGAGGACGACGAACUCCCAGUCACAGUCCUACACGAGCAGGCAUGUCUGGAUCCGAUACUGCCAGCAAUGGCAUCCGACGCACUCGCUCCAAUCGAGGGCUAAGUGCAUCCGAAACUUCUAACAACACUACUUCUUUUCGACGAACCCGGUCUAGCCGCGGUCUCUCCACCGAAAAAGAUCGUCGUGGAGGACGCCGCACCCCUUCCACGUCUCCCAUGCCCAUGGAUCGUUCCAGUUCGACACGACGGUUGCAUCGCAAUCAUAAGGUCCCCGUCGAUAUGCCGCCGUCUCGUGAUUCGGCAGGCAGUAAUAGUAGCGAAGCAUCCUUUACAUGGAAGCGCUGUCAGACCCUCGAAGAACGACCUCGGCGUCAUCCAACGGCCGAUCUGCGACGAGCCGUCACGACGGAGCGUUCUCCCAAGAGGACGCGAGAUUUGUCCCCCAAGUCGCCCAAGCGAAGCCAAAGUAGGGAAGACUUGGUAUUGACCAAGCGCAGUACUACUAGUUCGCGGGAUGAUACCUUGCCCAGAUCUCCCAAGCGAACCCACAGUAAGCGUGACAUUAUGCCCAAGUCAGUCCCCAAGCGUACUCAAAGUAAUAAGGAUGAUACUCUACCCAAGUCUCCCAAGCGAACCCAGAGCAUGGACCUUAUCACGCCCAAAUCAUUGCCCAAGAGGGCGCAAAGCAAGGAUGAUACCAUGCCGCCCAAGUCUUUGCCCAAGAGGACGCAAAGUAAGGAUGAUGUGGCUCUCCCCAAGCCAGCCACAAACAAGAGAUUGACAAGCGCCUCGUCGGAGUCCAAGAAAAGUCAGAGCAAGGAUGAUGUGUCUCUGAUGCCCCAACCAUCCACAAACAAGAGAUCCGCAAGCGCCUCGGAGGACAAUUCCUUGGAUAAGGAAAUGAAUCAGGGACGUCGCAUGGCACUCAAUCCGGAUGCUGCCGAAAUGGUCGCGGCUGACAUGAAGAACAACCGACGACCCGCCAUCGUCUCCCGAUCAACUUCCGCUUCUGCCAAUGAAGCCACCAAAAAGAGUCACCGCAGUGGUAGUACUGGUAGUAGGGAGGAAAAGGCCAGCAGGACGAGCAAGUCUAGCUCUAGCAAGAAGACCAACAACAAGGAGGAGGAAGACAAGGACGUGUUGGGAUACAUGCCUCUGCUGGAGGAGCAAGGCAAUGACGAGGACGGCGACAUUCCCAGGCGCAUCUCCUCGUCGAAACAACGCUGGAGCAAUGCCCGCGAAAGCUUAAAGACGCCACCUUCCUUGCGCAGCAGUACCGGUCCGGUCGAACCGGCACCGAACUGCAAAGAACGACGAUUGCAGCAACUCGAGAGAAAGCUCAAACCAACCGCCACCAACACACAAUCCAUGGUCGUGCUUUUGUGAUGCAUCCAUAGUGAAGUAAGUGUGCAUUGGAUCACCAGAUCUGAUGACUGUGCAUCAUUCCUUUCGAUGGAUGAUGGUAUUAGGAAUAAAAGAUACUAGUAUACAUUUUACAUAAGAAAGACAU